AUGGAGCCCACCGACAGACCGGACAAGAAGGUUCUUUUCCUUACCAAUGCCGAGCGCGGGCAGUCAACCGUAGUGCUCGCCACCAGCCACGCGCUCUUAACGGCGCGGGGCGAGGACGUCGAGGUUCACAUCGCCUCGUUCGCCGACCUCGCUGCCGACGUGCGCAAGGCCUCGGACGAUGCCCUCGCAGCAGCCACCUCCGCCGCCCUGCCCAUCGUGUUUCACGUCGUCCGCGGCGCUAGUAUGGCCCAGUCGUGGCAGGGAGUCAUGGCGAGCGGCGGCGUGGGCCACAACUUAACCCAGAUGCCGCGCCGCUGGUGGGACACGCCGGCGAAGCUACGCCCCAUAUUCCGCGUCAUGCAGCCGUGGGACCCGGAGAGCUUUCUCGAGAUCUACCAGAGCCUGCUGGACAUCAUCCGGGACGUCGGCGCCGACCUGGUCGUUAUCGACAACGUCUUCCCCCCAGCCCUGACGGCAUGUCGGUUCCUCGGGGUGAGGAUGAUGGUGCUCAGUCCCAACACCAUCAAGGACUUUGCGCUGCAGUUCCAGCCGGGCGCGGCCGCGCUGUGGAAAUUUCCUUGCGUCGGCACCGCUUUCCCAUACCCUGUGCCACUCCACCUGAUCCCCCUCAACAUCUUCCUCGUCCUCGUUAUCGUCUACAUGGCAAUCACGGAUCCGCACACCAAGGCGCUUGCUGCGGCGGUCGAAAAGCACACCCAAGGCGCGCGCUACACGUCCCUGAUGAAUUUAGGGGCCACCAAGCGCCUUAACUUCAAGGUCCUGGUUUCGAACCUCCCCGAGAUCGACUUUCCGCUGAGCUUCAUCCCAUCCCACUUGGUGCCCUGCGGGCCCAUUAUCCGGCCGGCGAGACCCUGUGCCGAGGCAUCCCCGGACCUGGCGACGUGGAUCGCGCGCGGGCCGACCAUAUAUAUCAACCUGGGCACGCACGUGCGCUACUUCGGCCCACAAGAACCGCUGCGCCUGGCUGGGGCCCUGCGCAUGGUUCUGGAUCGGGCGGACUCGGACCAGGAGCGGAAGCUUGGGGGUUUGCAAGUGCUGUGGAAGCUGGUAAAGCUCAAGGGUGUGGACGGCAAAUUUGACUUCCCACUUGACGAGCCCGGGUGCGACAUGCACAACGUGCUCGGGAGAUACAUGGACGCCGGCAGAGUGAAGAUUGUCGAGUGGGUCGAGCCCGAGCCCAUCGCGGUGCUGCAGGAGCCCAACAUCGUGCUUGCGGUUCACCACGGCGGCGCCAACAGCUUUCUCGAGGCUGUAAGCGCUGGAGUCCCCCACGUCGUCCUCGGCGUCUGGAUGGACACGUACGAUUUUGCCAACCGAGCCGAGUAUCUAGGGAUCGGGAUCUGGGGGAACAAGCGAUCCAAGCCGGGCUGCCGGCCCGAGGAGCUGGGCCCGGCCCUCGUCGACGUCCUGAUGGGGCCCAGGUCGGCGCAGAUGAAGCUGAAAGCGGCAGAGCUGGCUCGACUCUGCGCGUCAAACGGGGGCGGGAGGGAGAUGGCGGCCAGGACGAUACUGGACGAGAUCGCAACGUUGCGGGAAGUCGGUGAGGACAAGGCGGAGAAGAAGGAACAUGCCGACUGA